CGCAGGGGUCCCCUUCCCGAGCUGUCUCCGCCUCGGAAGAACCAAGGGAGGAUGGAGGCCCCCCGCGGCACCCGCCUUGCCUCUCCUGCCCUGGUGCCGCCGUUCCUGCCCCCCGUGGCGGGCGCUGCUUCAGCUCUGCUCGCCUUUCUCUGCGAGGUUCGAGGACCCGUUAUAGUAGAAGAUACCUGCUUGUGCUUCAAUGCCCUGGGGGGACUUCCAGGACCAUACAUAAAAUGGUUCCUGGAAAAACUCAAACCAGAAGGUCUGUACAAACUGCUAGCCGGUUUUGAAGACAAAUCUGCCUACGCUCUUUGUACCUUUGCGUUCAGUCCUGGAAACCCAGAGGAGCCAGUGAAGCUGUUCAAAGGCCAAACUCCGGGGCAGAUAGUUGAGCCCAGGGGCCCUAGGGACUUUGGCUGGGAUCCCUGCUUUCAGCCUGAUGGCUACGACCAGACCUACGCUGAACUGCCCAAGGCAGUGAAGAAUUCAAUCUCGCACCGUUACAGAGCGCUGAGUGAGCUCUCCACCUUCUUUCUCCACAACAACUCAACAGAUGCCCCCUCCAGUCCAAGUUAGCGUCCCACCAUCUGCGAACGCUGGGUGUUGUACAUUUCCCAUACAAGGCUGUAAAAUCUCUUUUCAGCUGUGUCCUUAGGUUAAAGCUGUUUGUUCUGAG